AUGGAGGAUGCACAUCUUGAGUUUAUGAAAGUAGAGGAUGAAAGCGCAAAGCCAGAAGGAGCAGGGGUGACUUAUGGCAUUACUCUAGAAGUCAAGAAUGAUAAUUUGGAACAACUUUAUCAAGCCAAAGUUUGGGAUGCUCAUCUUGAGUUUGAAAGUGUAGUGAAAUCAAAGAUAGAGCCUAUGGUUGAGGGUGUGGCUUAUUACAUAACUUUGGAGGCUAGCAAUAUAGGUCUUAAACAACUGUGUCAAGCCAAGGUUUGGGUCAAGGAAUCAACAAAUUACAAGGAACUUCUUGCAUUUGAACAAGUGGUGAAAAACUCCACCUGA